UAAACAUUUUUACUUAAUUCAUAGUGCCUACAACAACGGUUGCACAAACAACAGUAGCACAAACAACUUUUGCAGCUUCUACCACGCAAGCACCAACAACUACAACAGUCGUUUCAUCAACAUCAAAAGCAACAACAACAACAACAACUCAAACAACUACUGUCCCCACAACACCUGUUGUGACUACAAGAGAAACGACUACAACGACACGACCCACUACCACACCUACUACGACUUUAGCAUCCACUACGUCAACACCAGCUCCGACAACGAGUACUGUGUCUACAACGACAUCAACUACGACUACACAGAGGCCUACCACAACAACAGCAACUACAACAACAACAACUACCACUACCCAGGCACCUACUACCUCUGCUACAACAAAACAGACUCCAUCGACUAAACCUUCAACAACACAGACAACGGGUACAUUGCCGACAACUACGACAACGAGAAUAACAACGACAAAAAAGCAGACCACAACAAUGCAGUCAACAACACCUCCAAUGCCGAGUAAUCUUCAAGGACAUAUUGAAAUGUGUCCAAGUAGACUGCGAAACCUUGCUCAAAAUUCAAGAGAACUUAUUGCACAGUUUGGACAAAGUUGCUACGAAAUUGUUCAAACAGGUGUUUCAUGGUCUCAUGCUGAAUCCAAUUGUGAACGUCACGGAGGACAUUUGAUACAUAUUGCAAGCCAACAGGAGCAAGACUAUAUUUAUAAUAUUCUUGUAAAAUAUCACAGUUCAACUGUAUGGAUAGGUCUGCAUGACAGAAAUAACGAGGAGAGUUUUGAAUGGACGUCAGGAAAUACCGUAACAUACACAAAUUGGAAGCCUGGGCGGAAAGAUUACAGGUACCACAAUUCCGAGGACUGUGUUUUCAUAACACCGUCUCAUGGACAGUGGGAUGAUAUAGAGUGCGGUGGUGAUAAUGCCUUGUCAGAAUUAUUUCAAGGCGUACGCCAUGCAUAUAUAUGCCAGUAUGCGACAGUACCACCGCCGACGACGGUUGAUCCCUUAAAUAAUGACGGAAAUACAAACAUGUGUCCCUAUAGACUUCGUCAACAAACCAUGCGUGACAAGGGUAUUCUUGGCCAGUAUGACCACAGCUGUUACGAAAUUAUUCCAAAAACAAGGGUUGCUUGGCAACAUGCCGAAGAAAUAUGCCACAGCAGAGGAGGCAAUCUUGCUUACAUAAGAAAUACACAAGAGCAGGCAUUUUUGCAAGGAUUUCUAAACAGAUAUUCUGGAGAUCAUGCUGUCUGGAUUGGGUUAACAGACCAUAACUCAGAGGGACGCUUUCAUUGGACAUCAGGGGCGCCUGUGCAGUUUACAAAUUGGGUACCGGGUCAUCUGUCCAAUUAUGCUAGUUCUAGCGAAGAAGAUUGUGUGACAUUUAUACCAUACAAAAACGGGCAAUGGGAUGAUAUACCAUGCGGAAGCACACAUCAUUCAUUUUUUGGCGGAACCUCGUCAUCCGGAGAAACACACCCUUUAUUGUGUCAAUACCCUAUUUCAUCUGGACCAUCGUUGAUUGGCUAAAUGGAUGCAGUUCUGUCUAUUUGGAGUAUCUUUCUGAAAUAAAAUGAAAAAAGACUGUU